AUGGCUGGAGUGGAUAAAAACUACACCCAUGUAUCAGAGUUCUUCAUUGUGGGCUUUCCAAGUCUCCAGCUGGAGUAUUUCCAGGUGGUGGCAUGGUUCUUCUUCAUCUUAUACGUGACCACAGUGGUGGGAAACAUGAUUUUGGUGGUGAUGUUCGCUUUGGAGCACAACCUGCAGAAGCCCAUGUAUAUCGUCAUGGUCAGCCUGGCUCUCUCCGACAUAGGCUUCUCUACUGUAGCUUUACCAAAGCUCAUCGCUCGCUACUGGUGGAAUGAUGGGAGUAUUGGUUUUUACACGUGUCACUUCCAAAGACACAUGAUCCAUUAUUUUGGCAGCUUGAACUCCCUGAUUUUGCUGACCAUGGCUGUGGACCGAUUUCUGGCCAUCUGUUUUCCUCUCAGAUACCCCAUGAUGAUGACAAUCCAGACCAUGACGGCCCUUACUGUCUUCUGCUGGGCCGUGUCUCACGUCUUCCCUGGGGUUGGCUCCAUCAAUUUUGCCCAGAUGCCAUUCUGUCGGUCCAAUCAAAUAAUCCAGGCCUUCUGUGACACCUCUUCUCUAAUGAGUCUAGCAUGUGGGGACGUAGACAACCUGUACAACGCCUCCUAUGUUGCAGCUAUGUUUGUUCUUUAUGCUCCUUUAGGCUUUAUUGUCUUCUCCUACAUCUUCAUUGUCAUUUCAGUUUCACGCAUUGUCAAUAGACAGGGCAGAAAGAAGACCUUUUCUACCUGCGGCACUCAAGGUUUCAUCAUCUCUAUCUACUAUGUUCCUCGCUUCUUUGUCUACUCUGCACCGUACUUCCCUAACUUGAAACUGACCCCUGACAAGCGAAUAGUCAUGACACUUUUCUAUAGUCUCUUCCCUCCAGUGAUAAACCCAUUUGUCUACUGUCUGAGAACAAAAGAGAUCAAGGAAAUAAUCAGGCGCUGGAUCCAGAGACAGAAGGCCGUUAGGCCCAAUCCAGCUGAAACUGUUGCUGUCUGUAAAUUACACUCAUAAGAUUGAACAUUUAUGGUUCAAAUGAGUUUCAAAAUCUACUAAAACAAUUCUUUGUUCAUUCUGUUGUGUGUCUAAUGU